AUGAAGCUCCUCGCUGUCGCCGCUCUCCUUGCAGGUGCUGCCAUUGCUGCUCCCACUUCUAACACCGGCGGCGGUUCGGUUUGCCCUUCUGGUCUCUACAGCAAUCCCCAGUGCUGCUCUACUGUUAUUAUCGGUGUCAUCGCCCUUGACUGCAAAUCCCCUAGCGAAGUCCCUCGUGAUGGCACGGACUUGAGGAAUAUCUGCGCGAAGACCGGACAGAAAGCUGCAUGCUGCGUAAUUCCUGUUGCUGGCCAAGCCCUUCUCUGCGAAACCGCGCCGGGCGCUUAG